UAUUCCCCUUGGUCCCCGUCUCGACACUUUGAUGAAGGCAGACGCCACCCCGUCCCCCCAGCUUGGAACAUGAAGGGCUUAUCGGGCGGUCGCUCCCAGCACCAGAUCCUCUCGCCCCACGGACUAGACCAGUUCGACUACCCCCAAGACAUCCAUGGCAUGGGUCACCAUGGUGGCGCCUCCGACUCACGCCACACCUCCUACCUGCUCAGCCCCACUGAGAGCUGCCCCAUGGACUACCACCACCGCUACUCACCGCGCAGCUCCGUUCACUCAGACUGCAUGAUGAUGUCCCCCGUCAUGAUGGCGCCCUCGUCAGUCGGCGUUGGCCCCAUCGACCACGUUUCCAGCAGCACCUUCCCCAGAAUGCACUACAGCACCCAAUACUAUGACUCAGCCACGCGGGACGACUGCGCCGCCAUCACUGCCUCCGCCACCUCCCAUGCUGCUGCCACUGCCGCUUCUGUCUUGCAGUACCAAGGCAGCGGCAAGAGCAACCGCAUCCCGGCCAAUCUGCUGGACCAGUUUGAGAAGCAGCUGCCGCUGCAUCACGAUGGCUUCCACACGCUGCAGUACCAGAGGGCGUCAACCACCACCACCACGGAGCAGCGCAGCGAGAGCCCCGGACGCAUCCGCCACCUGGUCCACUCUGUCCAGAAGCUUUUCACAAAGUCCCAUUCCCUGGAGGGAUCGUCCAAGAUGAACGGCACCAAGGGUGAAGGAGGAGGAGGGGGACAUCACGGAGGCUCCCAACACGGCCACCAUGGAGGCUCCAAGCACGGCAGCAAGCGGAGCAAGAGCAAAGAGCGCAAGGCGCACCGCUCGGGGGGCGCGGGUGGCUUCUGGAGCUCUGACGACAACCUGGACAGCGACAGCACCUACCGCACGCCCAGCGUCAUGAGCCGUCACCAUGGUGACUACGCCCAUGCCGCCCACUGCUACCCGGACUCCAUGCAUCACAGUCACUUUGGGGACAUGUCCCUCAAGACCUCGAAGAGCAACAACGACGUCAAGUGCUCAGCAUGCGAGAGCAUGGCCACGGCUCCGGAGGGUAAGUUUAUGAAGAGAAGUUCCUGGUCUACGCUGACUGUCAGCCAGGCCAAGGAAGCUUACAGGAAGUCCUCCCUCAACCUGGAGAAACCCAUGAUGCACACAGACCUCAAGCCCUCACUACGGGCCUGUCACUAUCUGCAGGUGCCUCAGGAUGAGUGGAGUGGAUACCCGGAGGACGGAGACAAGGACGAGGAGAUCCCAUGUCGGCGGAUGCGCAGCAGCAGCUACGUCAAAGCCAUGGGAGAGGUAGACAAUGACUCUGGUGGCGAAUCUGACGGCAGCCCCAAGUCCUCACCCCAGAAGGCCAUCCGACCCGACGCCCUCGUCCUCAAAUCAGUUAUGCAGAGGCCCCACAUAGACCCCCAAAGCCAGAGCUACCACUUGCAAACCACCCGAGACAUGAUGCGGCCCCAUCCCAGUGUCACCCUGGACCCAGCCUUCAAUUACCCCCAACACCAUGUACCCCUGGGGCCUCAGGUCCGCUCCCGGAACCAGAGCUACAUGAGGGCGGUCAGCACCCUCAGUCAGGCCAGCUGCGUCAGCCAGGUGAGUGAGACUGAGGUCAAUGGCCAGUUUGAGUCAGUUUGCGAGUCCGUUUUUAGCGAAGUAGAAUCCCAGGCCAUGGAGGCUUUGGACCUGCCUGGCUCGUUCCGCACUCGAAGCCACAGUUACCUGCGUGCAAUUCAGGCUGGGUAUUCCCAAGACGACGACUGCUUGCCUUCAAUGACAUCCUCCACUGUCACUUCAACUCUCAGAUCCACAACAGAGGGAUAUGAUAUGCUGGAAGGCACUUCUUUGCUAAACGAGGACAUGAUAGAAGACGACGACGGGGCCAGCUCCUCGGCCUAUGAGGAGUUGGAGCGCCUAGAGAGGGAGAACGCUGUAGCUCGCAGCCAGCACAGCACCAGCUCCACUGUAACUGCCAUCUCUGUCCCCCCGACCUCGCCGCCUGCCUACCGGAUCCCUGAUGCCCCCUCCAUAGCCGCCCCAGAUCCCCCUGUACCUCAGGCCAUCCAGGCCUUUAAAGAGUCCGCCAACAUGGUGGCCGCCUUCAACAUACAGUGGAAAGACGAGAUCUCGGCCAUGCGCUACGAACUGGCCGAGCUGCGCAGGGACGUGUGCGGUGAACUCAAAACUUUCAACAGCAACUUUUUCAACUUCACCCAGUGCUACAACAUGUGGACGAUGUGCCGCGAGAGCGCCAGUGACAGCUCAACACAGACCGGGGACCGGGUGUCUGUGGGCAUCCAGGCUGGCACCAGCGGGCUCGUCAGGCAGAACACAGAGGACAAGUCUGUCAUGUGCCAGCCGGAACCAGCCCCCUUUAACCUCAUAAACCUGAUGGACCCUCCCCGUAUCGAGAUCACUGGGGAUUCAACGCCAGAGGAGGAGGCCAGCAGCCCCACUAGCUCUCGGCUAUCGGAAGAUUUUUCAACAUGGGACAACAGGGAGCAGAAAAUACGCAAGCGCUCUUCGGGUGGCAGCCGCAGGAGUGCCAGUCUGGAACUGUGGAACAGGAAGUACACCAGUGGGCCCAUGUCAUACCUGUCAAUGUCAUUCUAA